AUGCACACAAGCACAGCAAGUAUAUCCGUCUUACCUGAACCAGAAGAGGUCUCCGUGGUGGUUCCUACUGACUCGGUAAAGAUUGAAACGAUGAGAGCAUCAGGACCUGGUGGCCAGAAUGUCAACAAAAGGUCUACGGCGGUUCGAAUCACUCACAAAGAAACGGGCACCGUUGUUCAUUGUAUGGAUGAGCGCUUUCAGCAUCUUAACAUACAGGUACGGUAUUAUCGUAGGAUUACGAUAGGUAGAUAGUG